UUGUAAUUCAGCACACGUUGUCAUUGCGUUUCUCGAGUUUAGAUGAAUGUCUCAGAGAUCGCAGAGUGAUACGAGACACAUAAAAGUAGCGCAGCGUUUGCUCGUGACGUUUAUUUACGAUUCAGAGAGACCCGUAUAAAGCCUUUGUUUGAUUAAACUUCAGCAUUUCAUCUCUCAAAUUAAUAAUCUUAUCAAUUAAAGAAUUUAUUCUCAUAUACGAGUGUCCAGUCCGUAUAAAGAGCAGUGUUUGUGUUAUUUCCGCGGCGAUGGAGAGUAACAUGAUCGACGAGGUGAUCUCAGGUGUCUGUGACCCGUCCGCCCGAAAGCCUCACCGGGCGGCUCUGAUUCUGGCCCGCGGUGGCAGUAAAGGAAUCCCUCUGAAGAACAUCAAGAAUCUGGCCGGUGUUCCUCUCAUCGCCUGGGUUCUGAGAGCUGCCUUGGAUUCAGAAGUCGUUGACAGUGUGUGGGUUUCCACGGAUCAUGAUGAGAUCGAGCGCGUCGCAAGAGUCUGGGGCGCAAAAGUUCAUCGGCGCAGUCCUGAAGUGUCCAAAGAUUCGUCCAGUUCACUGGAGACCAUCCAGGAGUUCAUCCGAGUGAGACCCGAGGUGGACAUCGUCUGUCAUAUUCAGGCCACGUCUCCAUGUCUUCACCCUCAUCACAUCAGAGAAGCCCUGCAGAUGAUCACUGAACAGGGCUGUGACUAUGUGUUUUCGGUGGUUCGCAGACACCAGUUUCGCUGGGAAAAGACGGAUAAGAAAGAUGGUAAGAAUCUGACAUCUCCGAACCUUGACGUGGCACGCAGGCCUCGACGACAAGAUUGGCCUGGAGAACUCUACGAAAACGGCUCUUUCUAUUUUAGUACAAGAAAGGCUUGGGAAAACGGGCUUAAACAGUUGAAGAAGAUGGCCUACUAUGAAAUGCUGCCUGAGUACAGCGUUGAUAUCGAUGUGGACAUCGACUGGCCUGUCGCUGAGCAGAGAGUUCUGAGGUUUGGCUACUUUGGCCGAGAGGAGAAAGCGGCGGUCAGGCUGUUUCUGUGUAAAGUGUCUGGCUGUUUGACGAACGGACAAAUAUUCACAUCGGUUUCAGGCGAGGACCAUGUGGCCAUCAAUGCUCGAGACGUGGCAGGCAUACAGAUGCUGCAGAGAGACAAUAUAGAGGUGAUCCUCAUAUCCAACAUCAAUGAGCCGCUGUCCAGGGGUCUCCUGGAGAAGGUUGCCCAGUUGAUUGGCUGUGGACUUCAAUUUGUAGAGCAUCAGAAUGGGUUUGAGAUGGAGAUGCUGAUGAUGGAGAAGAAAGUGUGUUGGGAUGAAGUGGCCUUCAUGGGUUCAGAGUCUGAAGACAGAGAGAUCCUGUCUCAGGUGGGACUGAACGGCGUCCCGUCUGACGCACCCGUGGCGGAUCUCAUCGCAGCCAAAUAUAUGUGUCAGAGACCCGCCGGAAACGGAGCAGUUCGUGAAUUUGCCGAGUACAUACUGAUGCUGAAGAAAAAGAGCUUGAUGCCGGUGCACCAGGAGAACAUUGACAGGGCCAAUUUCUAGAUUCCAGUUCCUAUUUCCUAUUUCUUUACAAAAUAACCCUAACAGUCAGUUUGGGUCGCUAUAAUCACAUGACAUUGAAUCUAACUUGGUGGUACUAUAGGAGAGGGUUGAGAAACCCUGCUUGAUCUUUAUAUAUUUACAUGUUCUUUCAAAUGCAAUAUUCAUUUACUUAUCACCAAUCAUUAUGUAUUUAUAUUUAAUCUUAUACUGUCUCCUCACAAUUUAGUAAAUGAUGUAAGGAUGUUAGUAACUGAAGUAAGGAAUCAUCCUCAUUUUAAUUGAAGAAUUCAUUUUUGAAAUGAAGAAAGACAAAUUGAAUGUGCAAGGUGUGAUUAUGAUUAUUUAUGUACUUGCCUAAUAUAUAUAUAUAGCUUCAGCAAUAAUGCAUUAAAUUACAUUAAAGUGAUUUACCUGAUAAUGUUACAUAAUAAUGAUAUUACAUAUAAAUUAUAUUGUUUAAACUGUUCUUCUGAUCUUCUUAUAAUGUAACUGUU